ACCAAAUUAAUAUUUGAAGUCACUAUAGCACUCUGAUUUAUUGUGAAGUUACAUCAAGUCAAAGUGCAACAGAAAAUAAUACAGUUGUAUUAAACAUGAAUCUGACGCCACCAGACCAAAGCAUUCAUAAGCCUAACGAGGUCUGCGUGGAGGACAACAAAGCAGAUCUAAUGCUCCAGUGCUUUCGCCGAGACAUGUACGAGGAGCCUCUCUCCUCCUACCACAACGCACCGCUCAUCACCCAUCUCUUACGUAAAACCAUCCACAAUAAACGUUCCAUUCUUAACAACAACCAACUUUACAUCCCAGUGACCUCCACUGCUGGCUCCAGCAUGGUUGAAUCAAGACCUACAAUGAGCGAGACUGCUCAGGACGACUGGAGUAACAUGUCUUCCAAGGACAGCCAGCUGGAAUCAGCGUAUCCUGCUCAUACUUCCAGUGGAAUAAGCGCUGAACCUGAAUGUCCACUGAGCGAGCACGUCCAGGCCAAACGAGCCAGGGUGGAGAACAUCAUACGAGGCAUGGCGAGCUCACCAAGUGACAAGUCACAUGCAGAAAGAGAGAACGCUGAGAGUGAAGUCAGCAGCUAUGGCAGAGAAGUGUAUAAAGAGAACAAACGCAAACAGAAGCUUCCUCAGCACCAGGAGCGAAAUCAUGUUGGAAUUUCAUCCACAAACCUUGAUGCUAAUAUAAGCAGAGAUGAAGAGUGUCGCAAGCUUCGAAAACAACUCCAGAGCAUGCAACGGAUCUUACAUCAACUCCAGGAGAAGUUCCUACAGAUGUAUGAUCACAGCAGCUCAGAAAGUGAAGAGAAAGGGGAACACCAAGACAGCUAUGAACUUGAUGUGAGCAUGAAUUCUGAUGACAACAGUGCUCUUGAGCACAAAGAUAGCAUAAAACUAGAUGAUGGUUGUUUGAACUCGCAGAAAUAUCAAAAGAACCUCCAGGAAAUGCUGAAAUGUGAGCUCUCCAGGGCUAUAAGUGAAAGUGUUGAUAUGGUGUUCAGAAAACUCUCCUUGAUCCUCGAGAACCAAUCACCCCAGUUACGCCUGUGCCAGAGUCCAGAGUACACAGGUAUAGAGAAACGAGACCACCAAGCAUGUGUUAGUGAGUCUUCUGAUUUAGAGAAUGCCACAAAACCAAGGCCUGUAGAGUGCUAUGAAAGCACACCUUCUCACAGCCCAGAACAUCAGACAGAAGCCUUGUCUCUAGUGGUCCGAAAACCUCCAUUAAACCCUUUGGGUUCAGUAAGCCAUUCAAUAAAGAGGCCCUAUCCACUGCACCAAUCUCCAUUCCAGUUCAGUCACAGCACUCCUCUGCAUGACAGCCAAAUCUUGGAGCAUCUCCUCAAGUAUGGACCUCAUGCCAAUUUUGCCGGGAUCUCUUGCCUUCCUCCGUCUUUGGACAGAUCAUCGACAGAACCAGUGGCUCUUCCUUGGGAAAACAUUGCUAUGAGGUCGAAGGUAAACUCUGGUCACCUCGGGCAACUCCAUCGUCCUGGGGCGCUCGGCCAAAUGGCAGUAGAUGGCCUUUGCCUCCCACAUGUCAAGAUGGAGUGUGGAGAACUGCAGAGUAUGGCAGAGAGGAGCACCUUCAUGUCACUCAAUAUCCAAGAGGGGCUAACGCCUAACCAUUUGAAGAAAGCCAAGCUGAUGUUCUUCUACACACGCUACCCAAGUUCAAACAUCCUGAAGACCUUUUUUCCUGAUGUCAAGUUUAAUCGCUGUAUCACUUCCCAGCUAAUCAAGUGGUUCAGUAACUUCCGAGAGUUCUACUACAUUCAGAUGGAGAAGUUUGCACGCCAGGCCAUCCUGGAUGGAGUGAGUGAUGUGAAUGACAUGUCUGUUACCAGAGACUCUGAAGUCUUCCGUGCUCUUAACAUGCACUACAACAAAGCCAACGAUUUCCAGGUGCCUGAGCGCUUCUUGGAGGUGGCUGAAAUCACCCUGCAUGAAUUUUAUAACGCCAUUUCCCACAGCAAAGAUACAGACUCGUCGUGGAAAAAAGCCAUUUACAAAAUCAUCUGUAAACUGGACAGUGAAGUUCCUGAGGAGUUUAAAUCUCCUUCAUAUUUGUAGAUAAAUUUGCAAGGUAUGACCAAUUGCAGGCCUAAAAGAGGUUCAUAACCAAGGAAAUGUUAUGAUUUUAUCAUCAUGGAUCGAGGUCUGAUAUCGGCUGUGAAUGUGAGAUUCAGUAGACAGUUUUGCAAUGUGUUCACUCCUGAUACAGGGACUCAAAUGUCAUAUAGCUUUCUUUUCAUUUGCGUGAAUUGUACUUCAUUUUAUACUGCCAAGUUUAUAUGUCAAGUUAUGCAGUUU